UUCUGGACUGCGCCCGACCCUAUAUUCUGUCUUGUAUGUCACACAUAUACCUGUGUAUACUUUAUUAUCUGUCCUUCUCGCAUCUUUACUUGUGUCGACUCACGGCCUAUAUCAGUUAGCCAUGUCGGCCAUUGAUACAAUUCGUAAAAGUCUGGACUUUUCUCUGAUAUUCCCUGCUACUCCCGAUAGGUAACUGAACGACUGGCGGCACUGCUAUACGAGAUUCAUUGAACUGGAUUGUUUGUCUUCCUUCUCUUAGCCCUCAUUCCCAGUCCAUAGCGUCCUAUCAACCCAAUAACAAUAUCCAACAUCAGCAAAUAACCUGCAGGAGAAUCACAAUUCGGCAAUGACUACCGUUGGGUCUUUAUCAGGAGACGUCGCUCCUGGCAACGAAGCACCUGGCAAGAAUACCAUGUCAGACUUGCCACCAUCGCCAACAAACUCAGUACCAUUUAUCAUUGCGACAUCCGCUGACGACGACAAAGAUGUAAAGCUCGCUGUAGCGCCAACCAACGGUGGAAGUCCGAUGCGUUAUUUACAAGCGAGUUCAAAGCUGGACUUGGAGCCCAAUCCAUUUGAGCAGAGCUUUGCGGGCACGAAAUCGGGGGCAAAUAGCGGGAACUCUGAGGCCUCAGGCGAAACGCCCAAGCCAGUAUUGCCACCUAUCGAGGCAAUGUCAGGACGACUGGCGCCAGGAACAGACCAAUUUGGAUGGGAUGUGCAGUCCUUGCGCAUGGGUCCACUAUCACCAUCCAUGUUACAGGGACCUCAGAACCCAAUUGCGUUUGACCAGAAAACGACUCAGAACCCGCUGCCUAUCGGAUCCUUCCCUUCAUCAACCAGUUCCAUGUCAACCAUGUUUAGCUCUGGCGCACCUUUGGCAGUGAAUGGACUUCCGUUUGUCGGUGCUCCAGGUCCUCUUCCUGUCCCCCCGCCAGUUGCUAUUCACACAUCGGAGCCCUAUCCAGCCUACAACUCCGUCAAUUCAACGUCACAACAACCGGAAACGCAUCAUCCAGUGGGGCCCCAGGGCGCUCGUCAGCACAUGAACAUGAACGACCGUUACAUGCCGCCGCAGCCUCCUCAGCAUCCCGAUAAUAUGAAUGGAUAUGGCAACCUGCAUCUCCUCAGCCAAGCACAAGCUACUCACCGAGAAAUGUGGAUCAAGCGGGAGGGUGAUUCUAACGGAAAUGCUUCACAUGGACAGCAUUCUCAAUCACAUCCACACUCACAAGGCCCACCCAUGGCAUCUCAAUCCCAAUCUCGCCCUCAUCCACUACAAGGGCCUCCCCAGAGCGGACAAAGCCUCCCAGGCAUGCCUGGCAUGGUUGCAGCACCUCAAUUGCCGAAGAACGGCGUCGAGCCUGGAUUUGUCCGAGGUGUGCGUCGCAGCAGAAUGACAUCGGAUGACCUGAGCGAUGAUUCGGAGAAAUCAAAGGUGUCGGGCAAUGGUGGCGAGGGUACGACUGGCAACGCGAAGAAGAAACAGAACACUGGAGACGACAAGAUGGAUGAGGAGGAAAAGAGGAAAAACUUUUUGGAGCGUAAUCGUCAAGCUGCUCUAAAAUGCCGACAACGCAAGAAGCAGUGGCUGGCGAAUCUGCAGCAAAAGGUCGAGUACUUGACAACUGACAACGAGCACCUUCAGAGCCAGACAGCGGCGCUUCGUGAUGAGAUCAUUCAUCUCAAGGCACUGUUGCUGGCACAUAAGGACUGUCCUGUCGCACAGGCCAACGGCGUAUAUCCGGAAACGAUCAGCUUGUCGAACAGCCAUAACCAUGGAGGAGGCAUGAUGGGACCAGAUCGCUCGGGUUACUCGAUGCAGGGUGGCCCUGGGCCCCAGGGCCGGGGGGGACCAAAUCAACCACGGGGAUCGCUUCCGCUACCACCGCCGCCACCUGGCCAUCACCACGGAGGUAUGCUGGGCGGACCUAGGAUGGCGAACCUGCCCAUGGCAUCGUCGGCAGCAGGGAGUGGGCGACCGAUAUCGAUGAUGCAGGAUAUCACGCCCGGAGCAUCUCCGAACCAAGGGCAGGCGCAUGUGCGGUAUUAGAUAAUGGCAUGAUAAACCCUUUACCUUGUCUAUAUUCUGGGCUAUGCUGGCUGUUGUUGUUCUGUUCUAUCAUCAUUUUGUUUCGUCGUCUUCUUUAUUUGCAAGCGUUCGUUCAUGUACUUUACCAUCCAUCCUACUUCACCCUAUCUUUUUGUCCUUCCUUCGCUUCAUGCGUCUGUUGUUUCGCUGUUUGUGUUUGUGUUUGUGUUUGUGUUUGUGUUU